UACGGGAUAUUGCUCAAUUACUCAAGAAACGUAUUGCUCGCCAGAUUUAUGUCAGAGUAAAGCAACUUUUCACAUCUGACAGCAUAAGAAUUUUGGUUUAAAGCUGUGUAAUGGUCUCACCCAUGAUGAAUAACACGGACACCAACUGUCAAAAUGCAUGAGUCUGUCAACACAUUCUCUUUUGAUGAUUAAGAGAAGGAGAGAACACUCCAAUGGAUAUCACACGGCAGAUGAUUAAAUAUGUCCGUGAUGGGGAAGAACUUUCCCUCUUAGAAGCUAUAAAAAAUGGAGGCAACCCCAAGGUCAUCCUUCCAGACAAAGAUAAAGAUGCAGGUGGAGGAACUCUCCUUACAUUAGCAGCUACUUGUGGUCAUCAUCAUCUGAUUUUGCCAUUGAUAGAAGCAGGAGUUUCUGUGAAUGACACUGCAAACAGAAGUCGCACUCCCCUACAUGAAGGAGCUGCUGUUGGAAAUAUUGAAGUUGUUAGAAAAUUACUCUUUGCAAAGGCUGACAUAGAGGCUGUUAGUCAGAAUGAUAAUGGAACUCGACCGUUACAUCUGGCUGUUCGUGCUGGCCAUGCUGCAGUAGUCUCUUUGCUUUUAAAGGAGGGUGCAGACAUAGAGGCUCCAGACAAGGAUGGUUGGGGUCCCUUCAUGAUGCCAGUUACCAUGGACAUGCAGAAAUAAUAAAGAUUUUGGUUCGUGCUGGUGCUAACACUGAGGCGGAGGCAUAUGGAGGAUGGACACCUCUACAUCGAGCAUCCCUGUGGGGCCAUAAAGAGGCUGUUCAAGCCUUACUUGAUUUAGGAGCUGAUGUGGAAC